AUUUCUCGGAAAAUGAGUUCAAGGCAUCGACCAUUAUUCGCCUGCAUUACAUCAAUCUUAGCAAUGGCUGACAUUGCCUCAAGAAAAGCUCAAGAUCUCAAUGGACCAUUAGGUUCAACAUUCAGAGCAACAGCAAAAUUGGCUAAAUUUGCGAGUCCUCUCAUUAUCAUCAUGAAAUAUCAAUGCCUAAUCAUCAUCUUCAUCCUCGAUUACCAGUUUCUGGCGGCCAAAAAGACGAUCGAGAUAUUUUGGCCUUCCGCAUCACGCGUGUUCGACAAGAUCGAAGAAAUUGUAGUCAUGAUAGAGUCCUUGCCUGAGAAAUUCGAUGACACGGUGGGCAAAUUCCCGGCAAUGAUCUGCCAGUUCACAUUCUCAAUGAGACAAUGGUCAUUGCUUCAUUUGAUUUCAUGGUUGAAUUGGUUGGUGUCCACGUUGAAUCAGAUGGAACAGGAAAAUUCGAGGAUGAAAGAGAUAGCAAUUGAUAAUCGAAAUAUUCAGCUUGUAUCAUCAGAAUCAGAAUCUUUAUAUACAAUUGAAAGUUUCUGCUCUGCAGCACAGUGUUUUCCAGCUGAGAGCUAUAAGGAUGUGGAAAAGAUAUUGGAACGGAUUCACGAUGAUGAAAGUGAAAGAGAAAGAGAAAGAGAAGAGAAUAAAAAUAUACAUAGGAGUGGAAGUAUUGUGAAAUUUAAAGAUACUGGAAAGCAAGUAAUCAGGCAAGAAGAAGAACAUCCGAUUCUUCAAUUGUUUGAGUCUAAAUGGCUAUCACAUUAGGGUUUAAUUUAUAAUGCCCUCGUAUCGUUUAUGAGAAGAUAUAAACACGUGUCUUUUUUCUCUCAUGCAAAUCAUGCAACUUACAGGGGAGAAUCAAAACUUGGUUAUCAUGAAGUGAUGUUUGCCACCUUUAAGAUGAAGCGAAACUCUAGCAAGC